CUUUCCAACCUCAGAAGCAACACACGCAAGAGUUGGAGCGCAGAUGAUCAGUCUUCUAAUUGUAAUUCCAGUGAAGCUGUAGUUCUGCUCUAGUAGAAUCCUCGUCAAAAUAGUUUGAGAGUACGGGCUUUAUAAGGUCCACACAUGCGAGCAUGGAGUCCGGAUUACUUGGGAGUAAAACGAUUUUGUUUUGGUGCUGUUGCCUUGUGAUGUCCACAAGUGGAGUGACCGGGAAUACAUCCCAUUCCCCUUCCUCACUGAGCAUUUCUACCGCUCACCUUUUCUGGACCUGUCCGGAAGGGGCAACUUUUGCACCCGACUGUGCUCAGACAGGCCUUCCUUUGGCUCCCUCUGACGUCCUAAAACACGCCUGGCUUUUCACGCCGCACAGCAACAAACACUGCACGGGACGGUUAGGCCCACGACUCAUGACCUACGGUCAUCCGCAUGGAAACCACAGCUUGCCACCAGGGUUCAAAUUUGGAUAUUCGAAAAACAACCUCUGGAUGGUUCUGCAGAAUGUGACCAUCGCCGACCAGGGGCGGUAUUGCUGUAUGGUCCUGGACUUUCAGCAAGACCAUAAACAUGCCAGCCUUGUGCAGAGUUCCCACAGUCAUGUUAUACUCCACGUGACACCACGAACAAAUGGAUCCCAACAAUGUUCCAUCUUAGAUACUGCACUACCUGGAGGGGCUGUACCAGUGGCUGUGGCCAUAGCAGCCUGCAUUUUGGCUCUGCUUUCGCUGCCCGUUAUUCUGCUCCUUGUCUACAGGCAGAGACAGAACAGCCAUUCGAACAGACGUGCACAAGAGCUGGUGAGGAUGGACAGUGAAGCUCAGGGCCAUGAGAACCCAGUGUUUCGUCGAGAAUCACCCCGAGUGAAGACCGUUGCUCAAAUUAUGACAAGGCAGUCCUCGGGGACUGGCCGCCGUCUGUUAUCUGACCCAGGAACCCCCAUGACUCCUUCUGCACAUGGGGAUGUUUUCUUCCCAAUAGAAGACACCAUCCCUGAGUCUCCAGACAUCCUCCUGCUUUAAAGAGGGAUGAGACUCCCUCCUCGCUAUAACUGCUGACCUGGAAACAGCUUUGCGACUUUUUUGUUUUCUCCUCUGUGCCUCCAGAGCAACGUUUCCCUCGGUCUUUCUCACAAUUACCUCUGCUGGGAAUCUCAUCUGUGCACUGUGUUUGGUCUGUAGGAGGUAACGGAUUGACUGCAUUUUGAUCUCAAACACUCCUUCCUGCACCUGCAAAAGCUGGAGGCUAGAAAGAAGUAAGCUGUGAUUGGGAACUCUUUUGCUGUGGCAGGGUCGAGGGUACGUAUGUGGGCGUAUCCCAUCCAAACACUGACGACUGCUGGGGAUGGGUUCCACUGUUGGAGACGGUGGAGUAUUGAAGGCUUUGUGCAAGGUUUCUAUGCCAGGAGGAUAUCAGGUGACACAAAAUGUAUUGUUUGGUCUUAUUUGGGUUGAUUUUUUUUUUUCAGUUUACUAGCCAGGCUCUCAUUUAAAAGUUUAGUCCAUCCAUGACAUGAAUGGUUUUCAGCAGCGAACCUAUCUCAGCUAAUUUUGGAAAGGGACAGGCUACAUCUUAGGCUGGUUGGAAUGAAGCAUUGGUGGAAACUGAUACGACACCAGAUGCACGAACGUUAGUUGUUAUCACAGCUACACCAGCGUGCAUGUCCAGACGUCACAAGCUUUUUUUUGUGUGUGUGUAUGUAUUCUCAAAUUGAAUGCUUGAAAAUAGUCUUCCAUGCAGAUCAUGUUGAAAGAUUACACUCAAGAAACCAUAUCUCUUAACUGAGGUAGUAAACCUGCCGUAUUUCUCGAAAUGAGUACAGUAAUAACAAAACUUGCAUUGGCCAAGGGAAGUACAGUUCUUGUUUCCUUUGCUCCCGAUCAGGUGAGCUGACCUGUAGAUGUGAAAGUGAAAAAAAAAACCCCCACAAUGUACUGACGCUCUGCACCCCCGCUCAGUGGUCUCAGUUGCUUUUUACUGUGCUACAUCAGUUCACUUUCAGCUCUGCUCCAAAUCCACAUUCCUUCUUAGUCUCAAUAGUCAACAAUUUGCCAUGGGAUAGAUCCACAUUCACAUUUCAGCACAUCCUUAUCCUGCAAUGGUCUGAGUACAAUGAAAAAUCAUGUAAAGUUUGAUAACUAGCCCAGUUGCCUUAUUAAAAAAAAAAAAGAAAA